UUAUGCUAAUAGUACUAAUAGUAUUAAUAGUAUUGAUAGUAUUAAUAGUGCUAAUAGUGCUAACAAUAUUAAUGAUACUAAUAAUAUUAAUGAUGUUAACAAUUCUGAUAGUGUUAACAGUAUUAAUAGUACUGAUAAUAUUACUAGUACUGAUAAUGCUAAUAUUGGAGAGGAUCCUAUAAAAUAA